UGCUGCCGCUCCCUAGGCUCAGAGCUGCAAACAGGGAGCGGAGCUGAAGCUGAGCUGCAGCGCCACCCUGAGCGCCGAGCACCAUGUACGACCCAGAGCGCGGCUGGAGCCUGUCGUUCGCCGGCUGCGGUUUCCUGGGCUUCUACCACGUCGGGGCCACGCUGUGUCUGAGCGAGCGGGCCCCGCACCUCCUCCGCGAUGCACGCACCUUCUUCGGUUGCUCGGCCGGUGCACUGCACGUGGUCACCUUCUUAUGCAGUCUCCCUCUUGAUCACAUCAUAGAGACCCUCAUGGACCUUGUGCGGAAAGCCAGGAGCCGCAGCAUUGGCUCCCUCCAUCCCUCGUUCAACAUUAACAAGUGCAUCCGAGAUGGGCUCCUGGAGAGCCUCCCGGACAACGUCCACCAGAUCAUUUCCGGCAGGGCUUGCAUCUCGCUCACCAGGGUGUCGGAUGGGGAGAAUGUUCUUGUGUCUGAUUUCCAUUCCAAAGAUGAAGUCGUGGAUGCCCUGCUGUGCUCCUGUUUCAUCCCUUUCUUUUCUGGUCUAAUCCCCCCUUCCUUCCGAGGAGAGCGGUAUGUGGACGGAGGCGUGAGUGACAAUGUCCCCCUGUUGGAUGCCAAAACCACCAUCACGGUGUCCCCUUUCUAUGGCGAGCAUGACAUCUGCCCCAAAGUCAAGUCCACCAACUUCUUCCAGGUGAAUGUCACCAACCUCAGUCUCCGCCUCUGUGCUAGGAACCUCCACCUGCUGACCAGAGCACUCUUCCCACCUGAUCUCAAGGUGGUGGGAGAGCUGUGCUUUCAAGGCUACCUGGAUGCCUUCCGGUUCCUGGCUGAGAACGGCAUCUGCAAUGGGCCACAGCCCAGCCUGAGUCUGUCCUCAGAGGAGGUGGAGCCGGAAGCCACACCUCUCUGUCUGGAAGACAGCAACCUUGUGGGGGACCAGCUGCCAGUCAGCCUGUGCCUUACAGCUGUGCCCUGGGAUGAUAGCAUCAAGGAGACCCUGUCCCCCAAGCUCAGCACAGCUCUGAGCGAAGCGAUUAAGGACAGGGACGGCUAUCUGAGCAAAGCCUGCAACCUCCUGCCCAUCAGGAUCCUGUCGUACCUCAUGCUGCCCUGCACUCUGCCCGUGGAGUUGGCCAUCGCUGUGGUCCACAGGUUGGUGAUAUGGCUCCCUGACAUCCCUGAUGAUAUCCAGUGGCUACAGUGGGUAACAUCCCAGGUGUAUGCCCGCAUGACGACAUGUCUGCUCCCCUCCACCAGAUCCCGAGCACUCAAGAGUGAGCAGCAAACAUGCAAGCAUGGACAUCACCCAUUGCUACACAAGUCCCAGUGAGGCUCUGCUUGUUUGUAAAUUGCUGGCCUCCUGGCUUCCUAUGAACUUGGACACUCUCCCUGUGGGAGGAUCCAGGAGGAGCCCGAGCUGAGGCCACCCUGCCUUCCACACCAAGCCCAGCCUGACCUUCAGCUGAAGCACAAUGUCUGGAUGGUGGGUGGUGGCGGUGGGGGACUAUAUUCUCUGUUUUGUAGUGGGAAGGGUUCUGCUACUUUUGGAGGCAUCUAUGAAAUCACUCUCCGGGAGCUAAGCCCCUGUGCAGCUGCCCCUGGGUGCUGUGCAGUAACCUCAUGUCUGUGACCCCAAAAUCACAGAAUCUGGGCUAAGUUGGUAGUUUAUAGACACCAAAGAUGAUGAUUGGUUUUUAGAAGCUACUUUGGUCUGGGUGAAGUCUGCUGCUUGAGAGCUAACCCAGAGAGGAAGCUCCAGUCUCUCAGCCUGUGAAUGGUGGGGAUGACAAGGGCAGCCACGUUUGGAAACAGGAAUCCAAGCUGGUCGUUCUCAUAAGGAAAAUUGUUCAGAAGUGUGAUGGAUGGGGUGUGGCUGUCCUUGAAAAGGGCCUGCCAGUUGAGGGUCAGACAAGGUAACUUAUUAUAUUCAAGGACAUUGUUGGCUCUUACUAAAAUAGUUUAUAGGUAAUUUUAUAUGAGCACACCAGGGAAUGUGUAGUGAGCUACAUGGAUGGUCAGUGAGCUGUGAAUAGAAUUAACCUUAAAAUCUCUUGUGUAUGUGGGGGCAAAACAACACAGGUAGGCAGCACAGUGGACCUCUGCCUCCUCACCCUCAAUUUGAAUCUGGCCUGUUUUCUCCAGUGUCUCCAAAUCUCUGUACUGUCAUCAACUAUCACUGCCUCUCUCUGUUUCCGUCUUCUCCACGGGCCUUAAUGGGGAGAGGCAGCCACUUUUCUCAGGUGAAUGUAUACAGCUGUGGGCGUGAUGUGUUUCCUGUAAUUCACACAUUAGAUUAGAACAUAGAAAACAAAAGCCGCAACAAGGACCUGCUCAUACUCCUGAGCACUGGCAGUGAGGUUCAUGUCUCCCGGAGUCCUCGUGAGCUCCAGGUUCACACACACACUUCAGGAGGAAUCCUCACACCCUGGUGCACAUAAUCUUAGCAGGUUGAUCCUGAUUGAAUAGGAGACGACUCUGGGGGGAGAGAACGUGGUUCCAGAGAGAAAGCUUCGAGGCUACACA